AUCACGAACAAGUCUCGAGUUCAUUUCAAUCAGAAAGUGGUUUUUAUCUCACGGUACCAUGGAAAUCAACUUUGAUUUAACGACCUUCGUGCAACCAGAGUCCCGUUUCGUCUUAUCCGACAUUCGAUCAUUGAGGUAAAGGGGGAGAAGAAACGACGACAACUCAACAAUCCAAGUGAUGGCACGAUGACGACUACCUACUCGCCGUCGGAUGGCCCAUUUUCCCGCUCUGAGAGACGGAGAAAUGGUGUGAAGCCUAACGGUGGAAGAGCUGAAGGAGGAAAUGGAGGGCAGUAGUCUCACGCAUUCUAUGCAGCACGCACACACAAGAAAACACACACAACAUAUGGUCUACAUUUUCCUCAGUUAUUUUAUUUUAUUUUAUUUAUUUUUUGGUUUUCUUUUUAUCCACUUUUUCCAGGGCACUGUUGGAUGGCCAUCAGUCGACUAUCAUCCUCCGAAGCGUGCGGGUUUCUUCACUGGUUUUUCUCACUCCAUUCUUUUGCCCGUUUUCGUUUGUUUCCUGCUGCUAGCGCGGCUCACAAUUCUCAACGCCGUUGACGGAAAUCGGCGGUUAACAUCCAGUCAGUUCCGCUCUCGUGCAUCGUCUCUUCCCAUCAUGAAGCCGAGCAUUCUUCUACGUUUGACCAUGGUCCUCUGCGUCAGCUGCCUAGCCGUGACUUCCGCCGCAAGAUCAACGAAGCCGGAAGGAGAACGACGCCAGAUUUUCCGUGAUGAAGUCGCCCAUAUGAAAGGAAUCAAACGACCUGAAUUAGUCAAUCAACAGGGGUAUUUCCCGCCGCAAGAACAAGAUCACUACGAGCGGCCGACUAAACCAGCGUACCAAGAUAAUUAUCCACCAGGGAAUCAAGGCGACUAUAAGCCAACGUAUCAGGACAAUUAUGAACCGCCUAACCAAGACGUCGAUUACCCAUCGAAUUAUGGCGACAGACCUCCGUACCAAGAAAACUAUAAACCUUCGUAUGAAGGCGAUUACAAUCCAAAUUACCAAGAUGAGGAGAACCCUCCUUACCAAGACGAUUACAAACCAACUUAUGAGGAUGAUUACAGACCGAGUUAUCAGGAUGACUACAAACCCGCUUAUGACGACAAGCCGACCUAUGGUGAAGAUAACAAGCCAUGGCAGAACACUCAGGACGAAUUCAAACUGCCAUUUGACGAUGACAAAAAUUCUUUCUUUAAACCAGUCGAUUUUGACAUCAACUUUUAUGGCUCUGAUCACCAGAAACCCGAAGCGGAAUACGACGGAUACGACCAAUAUGAAGAUCCGAAACCUUACGUCCCUCCCCCACCGCAAUACGACGACUAUGAACCAGUGAAACCUGUAGUCUCUAAACCAUAUAAACCUAUAGUACCAAAACCGUACAAACCCCGGCCUACCUACCCAAAGGAAAUAGUUCUGCUGCAGCCCAGCACGGCCCUCAAGUCGAACGCCUAUGCCGACAAAUACACCACCCCUAGUUAUCGUCCCAGCCACAUUCCUGGCAAUCCCGGAGAAGACUACCCAAAUUACACGGCCAUACCGGAGACUUUCUUCGACUGCUUGAAUUUGAAAAACGCCGAUUUCAGCUACAUGUUCUCCGAUCCGGAAGCUGGAUGCCAGGUAUUUCACACCUGUCAUCAUGAUGGUCGUCAGGAUUCUUUCUUGUGUCCGCUUGGUACGAUAUUCGACGUCGAAUCACAGACUUGCGAUUGGUGGUUUAAUGUUCGAUGUAUUUAAACAGACAAUUUAUGAGAAAUGAUAUUUAAAUUUAAUAAUUUACCGUGUUUUUCUUAGCACUAGCAUAGUAAAAAAAACAAAACAGUGUCUAAUGACCGUGUUGAAAUAUCUAUAUAAAAAAUAAGAAAAACUGGGUUUGCUAUGUGACAGAGAGAAAUAUACCUCUUCUUAAUUUCAAA